UUCAACAUUUUUACCGGUUUAUUCUCGGCACCGAGCGAGAAAACAGCUGUUCCACAUUUUCCACGGCGUGCAAAACAAAUUGUUUUAGUUUAUGUUUUAAUUUACGAUUAAAAGUUUACUUUAUAAGGAUAAUACUCUGUACGAAAUAAGGAUCUGUUGCCAUGGGCGACCAAAAGACGCUGGAUUUACUGUGGAACUGUGCUUCCAAACUGACUGACCAAACCCACACUCAAAGGCUCCUUAAGUCGCAUUACAUAACCACCUGCCGAAAGCUGGCUAAGCGCAAUGUCCAGUUGCCUGAGGACAGCUUCGGACCGGCACGCAUGUGCUCCCGCUGCGGCAACCAGUGGACCGACGGUCGCUACCAACUCCACCUCCAGCCGCAAAGGCUAAGGCAGAGUGCCAAGAACCGGAGACUCAUCGCCCAGCUGGAAACCGUGAAGGCCAAACAGACAAGGGGCGAGAUGAGCAUUGGAGCCAGGAAACGGGCAAAGUGGCUGAAGAAGCGCAUGGCCAGCCAAAUGGGCGUAGACUGCGAAGUUUGCCAGCACAAGACAAUGCUGCCGCUGGAGAAGGGCCGAAAGCGCGCCAAAGUCAAAGCCACGGAGGAGACAAUGGCAACCACACAACCUGCGGCAGCGGUCCAAAACAAAAAGAAGGCCAAAAAGAAGAAGUCACAGGCGCCGAAUAAAGAUAUCAAUGCAGGCCUGAAAAUUCCGCAGCUGCAAAAAACGCCCCAGCAACAACAGCAGCAGCCAACCAACAAAGCUUCCCAACCCGUUGGUAUAGCUUCCCAAAACCCCAAUCAGACGUCGAAGAAGAAACUGAAGAAGCCAGCGCAACCAGCGCCCGCCGUUGCCAAAACUCAGUCCAAGACCCAGAAGCAAAACGCACUGCUACAACUGGCCGCCCAGCUAAAAUCGAGCGCGUUUAAAGACGCUAGCAAAUCGCAGCAGAAUCGCCUUCAAGCGUUUCUGAAGUAGCUGCUAAAAUCACUACGACAAUGCAUUAAAGUACAACGAUUGUGGCUCGGCUGAAUGAAAAUACUUGUUGUGGCACAUAAUUAAGCGUUAGCACAAUACUAGAAUCAGGCUCUUUGUGCCGGUUGAUAAAGCCUACCCAGGUGGGAACCUGUUAUCCAGCCGCCCGGUCUUCUGGGUCGAGUCACGCAACGGCUAUGCACUUAUCACUGCUGCCCGAGACGCUACCCAAGGUUGUCCAGAUAUUGCGCAGCCAACAUGGCCAGCAUGCUUAAUUUAUUUCUCGGAGCGCAACAUUUAAUUAAAAUUGAGUUGUUUGCCAUAGCGUUCCAUGAUCGCGUCCUUCAAAGCUGCUCCCAAAAAGGGCAGUCGAUCGGGCUCUCGGACAGCUCUCGGGCUCGCUUUAUCUGCCGCCAAUUGCACAAAGAGCACACACGCACAGGAGAAGGCUCCGGUCCCAUAUUGACUUUAACUUCGAAUUUGUGCGAAGAAGACUCUCUGAUUUCUCGGCAGCUGUGGCAACAACAUCUGCCUGCCACAUUAGAAGAUUACUGGUUUUACAGUAAAGCUUAUCUAUAAACAACUUUAGUCAAGCUCAGAAAAUGUUAGGAACAUUUAGCCCUUGUAUAUAACAUAGAUACAAAUGAUAAAUAAAUAUAAAAGUUUAGUCAUUCUAGAAAA